CAUGACUCACACGCCUCGGGUGCUCCUCCUCUGGUCAACAAGUCUGGAGACUUGGCAAAUGGACCCCCAUUUUUCUCACCUCUCCAAAGUCUCUGGGAAGAAUUCCUGCACCUCCUCUUUAUGGGGACUCUACUCUUCUACAGAAGAGCCACCAAGGCCUUGAGAGGGAAAGCCACUCUCCUAAAGUCACACAGCAAGCAGGCAGCACAGCCAGGGUGGGAGCCAGGCAUCCGGGCACUGAGCCCAGUCCCUGCCUCCUCCCCACAAGAUCACUCUCGCCUGACCUCCCUCUCAAGGGCAGGAAAGGAGCAGAGACGCACUCUGAGCCUUAUUGGGAAGACCUCAGGGACUCCUGAAUCCACUGCGGCUACAGUGGCUGCUUCCACCACUGAAGUCCCCUCCAGGCUUCCCUGGGCAGCCAGGGCGGGGUUUAACAGGAGGACAGGUGUCUGCAUUGCUCUACCUACCUAACAGGGCUGUGCAGGGUGAAGAGCGCUGCUCUGUGGGAAGGCACCCGGACCAAGGCCGAAGCACUGGACAAAGAGCUAUGAGCACCACCUGUAAAAAAAGGGCACAAGAAUGUCAGCCUCAGGGGGAGUUCAAGGUUAUCUGGUCAAAUCCCCAUUUGAUGUUUCAACUCCUUUCCUCCCCUCCACCAGGGGUCACACAAUCAGUACUUGCACACAUCCGGCAACAGGGCACUCACUACCUGCCAAGGCUGCAAGACCUGCUGCUGGAGGGUUUGGCUGGGUAAAAGAAUUUUCCUAAGG